CUGAACAAGUUCUCUAACAACAUCUUUAUUCCAUCUGCCGCCAGCUCGUUUAAUCAUUCGCUGCUUCAGAAAGUGAAGAUAUCAGACAUGCCUAGCACUCUUGCUAUUGUUGCUACAGGUGUGAUUGCCGUUUAUGGCUUUCUCUAUGCUCUCCUUCAUUACACCCAAGACGCAAGUGAGCCUCCACUAAUCUCAACAUCUCUUCCGUUUAUCGGUACAAUAAUCCAACUCUCGCGGAAGAAAACUAAAUUUUAUAUUGAGUUAAGCAAGAUUGCGAACGACAUUCUCAAUACGAAUACCAACGGAGAAGAGGGCGAUUGGGGUUAUUCGAUGACAUUCUACAAAACGAUCCACAAGCCGCUUUCACCAGGGCCUGAACUUGAUGCGAUGAAUCGUAUCAUGGCCCAGAAUGUUACUGCUUCAAUCGAUGGAAUUAAAGGAAAACUUGUUGUAUCGCUUUUCGACUUUAUCAAGCGCGAAAUUGCAAUAGCUACGACCGACUCAGUUUAUGGACCCCAAAACCCGUUCAAAGAUCCUGCUGUUGCAGAUGGUUUCUGGAAGUUCCAGCCUGGGGUUAUUAUUCUCCUUAUGAAUCUAUUCCCAUCGAUACUAGCCCGAGAGUGCUAUCAGGCUCGUGAAUACAUGACCAGAGCUUUUAAAAAGUACUUUGAAAAUGGCGGUCAUAACGAGGCAUCCGCUCUCAUGAAAGCUCGUUUCAAUCAUAGCACGGAACAUAAGCUGCCUGUUGAGGAUAUUGCAAGAUUUGAGGUUGGAAAUACGAUUGGGCUGCUUUCCAACACAUCACCUAGUGCUUUCUGGUUGGUGUACCACGUAUAUGCCGACCCAUCAAUAUUGGCAGAUUGCCGAAAGGAGAUUUCCCAGGUUCUCGACGAGGUUACUACUACGAAGAACGGCAAAAUCAUCACAAUUCGCACUAUCGAUAUGACACGAGUGAAAGUCGAUUGUCCAAUAUUAGUGUCCACAUUGCAAGAGGUGCUUCGAGUUCACACCAUCGGUAUGUCAACCAGGAUGGUCAUGAAGGAUCUCUUGCUCGACGGCAAGUAUCUUCUCAAGAAGGGAAAUACUUUUCUGAUUCCAGGCCCCGUUCAGCAUACCAGCAAGUCUGCAUGGGGUCCCGAUGUUGAAGCGUUCAAUCACCUGCGCUUCUUACCUGAGAACAAACGUCACAAUCCGAUUGCCUUUCGUGGUUUUGGUGGCGGAACGACCCUUUGUCCUAGCCGUCAUUUCGCAGCCACCGAAAUUUUGGCAUUUACUGCUCUGUUAAUUCUGCGAUUUGACGUCACACCUGUUAACGGAAAAUGGGAUCACAUCACUUCCAACAAGGCCGCUCUUUGGGAGACAACAGCUGCACCAGAUGAGGAUAUCAAUGUCACAAUCAGUCCUAGACACAGUGAGGAUCAAAACGUAAAAUGGAGGGUUUUGGUGUCAGAUUCUGAUAAGGCGAUACCAAUAUCUGCUGAAGACUUGUAA